CCACCCCUCUCCACUCUCCCCUCCCCCCUCCCUUUCCUUUGCCUUUUGGCUUAGGCGCGACCACCUCCCCGAUAAUGGUUGGAAGUACGCUGGCACUCCGCUCCAAGAUGGUCUCUCCCUCCGCCGCCAUGCAGCUGUCGUCGCUGUCGCGCAGGUCGCUCUCGACGCGGCCCCAGAUCUUUCGUUCCGCACGUCCCAGCGGUUUCUCCCAGCAACAAUUGCAGCGCGUUGCCCGCCGCUCUUACGCCGACGCCGCCCCGGCGCCCAAGCCCAAGAAGCGCUUCAGGUUCCUGCGCUGGACCUGGCGCCUGACUUGGCUCUCCAGCAUCGGCCUGGCUGGUGUUGUGGCCUACAGCAUCUACGACCUGCGUCAUCCCGCUGAGCAGAUCGUUCCCGACCCGUCGAAGAAGACCCUUGUCAUCCUGGGUACCGGAUGGGGUUCCGUUUCCCUGCUGAAGAAGAUCGAUACCGAGAACUACAAUGUUGUCGUCAUCUCUCCCCGCAACUACUUCCUUUUCACCCCCCUUCUCCCCUCCUGCACCACCGGUCUGAUUGAGCACCGCUCCAUCAUGGAGCCCAUCCGUAACAUCCUCCGCCAGAAGGUUGGCCACGUGAAGUUCUACGAAGCCGAGGCCACCAAGAUCGACUACGAGAAGCGCGUCGUGUACAUCAGCGACGACUCCGAGAUCAAGGGAGACAUCUCCCACACCGAGGUGCCCUUCGACAUGCUCGUCGUUGGUGUCGGUGCUGAGAACGCCACUUUCGGCAUCAAGGGUGUCAAGGAGAACUCCUGCUUCCUGAAGGAGGUCGAUGAUGCUCAGAAGAUCCGCAAGCGCAUCAUGGACUGUGUCGAGACUGCCAUGUUCAAGGACCAGACCCCCGAGGAGGUUAGCCGUCUUCUCCACAUGGUUGUCGUCGGUGGUGGCCCUACCGGUGUCGAGUUCGCUGGUGAGCUGCAGGAUUUCUUCGAGGAGGACUUGAAGAAGUGGAUCCCUGAAAUCCAGGAGAACUUCAAGGUCACCCUGGUUGAGGCUCUGCCCAACGUGCUCCCCAUGUUCUCCAAGCAGCUGAUCGACUACACCGAAUCGACCUUCAAGGAGGAGAAGAUCUCCAUCCGCGCCAAGACUAUGGUCAAGAACGUCACCGACAAGUAUAUCGAGGCCGAGGUAUCCAACCCCGACGGAUCCAAGCAAUUGGAGCGGAUCCCCUACGGUCUGCUGGUCUGGGCCACCGGUAACGCUGUCCGCCCCGUUGUUCGCGACCUGAUGAGCCAGCUCCCCGCCCAGAAGAACUCGCGCCGUGGUCUGGCCGUCAACGAAUACCUCGUCGUGAACGGCACUGACAACGUCUGGGCUGUCGGCGACUGUGCCAUCACCAACUAUGCCCCCACCGCCCAGGUUGCUGGUCAGGAGGGUGCUUUCCUUGCCCGUCUCUUCAACACCAUGGCCAAGACCGAGUCGAUCGAGCAGGAGCUGAAGCAGCUCUCCGAGGCCCAGGCGGAAGCCAAGGGCGACGACCGCAACCAGGUCCUGGAAGAGAUCCGCGAGCGCCAGAAGCAGCUGCGGAGAACCAAGCAGAUUGGUCCCUUCCAGUACUCCCACCAGGGAAGUCUGGCUUACAUUGGCAAGGAGCGCGCUGUUGCUGACAUCAGCUGGCUGAGCGGCAACAUCGCCAGCGGUGGUACCAUGACCUACCUCUUCUGGCGCAGUGCUUACCUGAGCAUGUGCUUCAGCACUCGUAACCGUGUCCUGGUCGCCGUCGACUGGGUCAAGGCCAAGCUCUUCGGCCGUGACGUUUCUCGGGAGUAAAUCCAUUGUUAGACAUUGGAAACUCUGUACUAUCAUCAGCAGACAUGCUACGCCCAUGACUUCGAAGCGAUAACCCCUCUUUCUUAUUUCACCUCCUGUUCAUCGACAUCAUUCCCCCUUCCUUACGCCGUUUCCAUGACCAUCUUCUUGACCUAAAUGGGAGCCUUUCCAUUGCGUCUGUCAUACUUGCUCCGCGCGAGCAACCAGUAAUGAUCAAGAUCACUA